AUGGAUUCGCCAAAUUCUCUAAAUCCAUACGACAAUAUGAGUCUAGAGGAUAUCAUAAUUGCAGAGUUUAUUGACGAUCAUGAUGAUCAAUAUUUCAAAGCUUUCAUGGAUGGGGGUAGCUCAACAAGGCAAGGAAGAAGAAGAGCCCACAUUGAUAGGGGUCAUUCAGUAGAAGGGGCUUUCACCAUAUUAGAAGUGCACCGCUGCUAUGCGAAUGUUGGCAUCGGAGCGCCUGCCGAUUAUGUUGAUGAGUAUGUUCGAAUUUGUGAAACCACCACUAUUGAAUGUCUAGUCAAUUUCGUUCGGGGAGUGAAUGAUAUUUUUGGGAUCGAAUAUUUGAGACGGCCCAGUGCUGGGGACAUUCGUCGCUUACUUCAAAUGGGGGAGGUGUGUGGUUUUCCACACAUGUUGGGAAGCAUUGAUUGUAUGCAUUGGGAAUGGAAAAAUUGCCCAGUUGCAUGGAAAGGCCAAUUCACGCUAGGAUCCAAUAAUGAUCUCAACGUGUUAAAUCAAUCCCCAUUAUUCACUGAUAUCUUACAAGGGCAAGCUCCGAGAGUUGAGUUUAUGAUAAAUGGCACACAAUGCAUCAAGGGGUACUAUCUAGCAGAUGUUUCCUUUUCUGUGAACAACAAUAAUGCUUCCAUUCAAAUUCUGACUGGGUCCAACUACAAGAAGUGGAAACGAGAUGUGGAUUUUAGUUUGGGAAUCAUGGACUUGGAUCGAUGCAUGCGUGAGGAUCAACCCGCUGCUCCAACUGAUGCGAGCACUACUGCCCAGAGAACUCUCCAUGCACAAUGA